UUCUUCAACAGCACGUCCCAAACCCACGAUUUCACUGGAAACAACCAGACUCAACUCCAUAACAAAUAUGACCUCCACCGAAUCUCCAAGCCCAGUCACGGAGCUAGCGCUCUUCCACUUGAAGUCAUCUACUGACCGAGCAACCAUCCGAAGGGAAUUAUCAUCAGUGGCAAAGGCCCAAGCCUCUUACUCCAAGUACCCAACCUACCUGUUCACCCAGAUCGAAAACCCAUCAUACAUCUACCUCCUCGGAGGCUGGAGAUCAGUUUCGGCUCACAUGGACGACUGGAUCCCCAGCUCUACAAACCAAUCCUUACUGGCCUCUCUAAAGGAGAAGUUGGAUCUUGUGUACAUGGUUCAUAUCGGAAUCGAUCCUGCUGAGCUCGGAAUGCUCAGAUUACCUGCCGGAAGAUCAGGAGAAGUGCCAAUAGUUGAUGCCCCUGUGAUUGCCAUCGGGCGUUACUUUCUAAAGACCGGUCAGAAGGAUGCGUUCUUGAACAAGUUUGAAGAGACGAAAAGACACUUGCAAGUGUAUAUUGCUCCGAGGGGAUUGAAGGGCGGGGUUCGGGUGGAACCCAAGGAUAAAACGGAUGAUGGUGAGGAAAAAGAGGAGUUCGUGCUCUUCAGUGGUUGGGCGGAAGUGCAGGAUCAUUUUCGAUUCGCAGAAUGCGAUGGGUUUGAGGAAUUUAGUCAGAUAAAGGAAAUCUUAGAAGGGGUAGAGAUUCAGCAUGUAGCUAUUUGGGAGGACUGAGGGUGAGAUCCUGGGAUAUGUGAGUGGUAUGAGCAGGGUCAGGGUUGUGAUGCUUUGCCGCUUUGGCCAUUUAACGUGCUUGUGAACGGACCGGGCCUUGAUAUCCUACUGAAUUUGAUCCUUUUU